GAGAAAUCUAACUUGUUUGUGUUACACUUACAAACUCUGUAGAGACACGAUGUGGCUGAAAGAAUUUGUCAUGGUGGUCUAACGGAGGAGAAGAGGAAAAAGAAGGUCUACAUGACUGGAGACGUCACUGGAUGUAUGAUACUUGUCAAAGUGGUUUCAUCUCCAGUUACAUAAAUGGACCAUCAAGGGAAGACCUUAACACUGAAGACUAUUUUUGUUAUUUUGAUUGUACAGUUGUGCUUAGCCAUUAUUUUAUAUUCAUUUUAUAACUAUGAAAAUCGCUCAGUGUCUAGUUAUGAAUUUUCCUAUACAAGUAUACAUCAAGAACUGGCUAAUGACACGAAGAUCAUCCUUGUUUGGACCUGGCCAUUUGGUGACACAUUUCCACUUAAUGAAUGUCCACCAUACACUAAUAUUUCUGGAUGCUUUUACACAGCUAACAGAACCUUGUAUUCUUCUGCAGAUGCAAUUGUUAUGCAUCACAGAGAUGUAUGUUAUUCCAGGAAACAGUUACCUCAGAUACCAAAACCACCAAAUCAGUAUUGGAUAUGGUUUAACUUGGAGUCUCCAUCACACAGCCCAAACUUGCAUUUUAUGGAUAAUCUGAUCAAUCUCACAAUGUCUUUUAGAGCUGAUUCAGAUAUUUUCUCACCUUAUGGCUGGCUAGAGCUGAAUCAACGAGAAGAGAACUUCACAAUUCCUCCAAAGACUAAAUUGGUGGCCUGGGCAAUCAGUAACUGGAACCCAAAAUCUAAUAGAGUACGGUAUUACAAAGAGCUCAAAAAAUUUCUUCCUGUAGACAUAUAUGGAAGACAGCAUUUAGCUCUCCCAACAAAUGAACAUGAAAAAACAUUGUCCAAGUAUAAGUUUUAUCUCGCCUUUGAAAACUCAAUUCAUGAAGAUUAUAUUACAGAGAAACUCUGGAAGAAUGCAUUGAAAUCUGGUUGUGUGCCAGUUGUAUUGGGACCGCCUCGAAAAAAUUAUGAGCGUUUUAUUCCGAAAGACUCUUUUCUACAUGUUGAUGACUUCUCCACACCUGAAGAGCUUGCUAAAUAUAUCUUAAAGUUGGACAGUGAUGACAAAGCUUACCAGCAGUAUUUUACAUGGAGGUCCAGACUUCAUCCCGCUGCAGAUACUAACUGGCAGACCCAUUACUGCAGAGUAUGUAAAGCAAUAAAAGAAGCUCCUGCAUACAAAACUAUUUCAAAACUUGGAGAAUGGUACAAAUAAUUACAGGGUGGUUUCUCAGGUUGUUUCUAUAUUAGCUGAAAUUCAGUAUGAAAAUAUUCAAUUUUUAGGCAAUUCUAAUCACAUGUUGCAUUUUUGCAGUUCGGUGCAUUUUUUCAUAAGCUUCUGUAUAUGAAAUAAAGAAAAAAAUACAAAAAAAUACUUGUCUAAGGAGAAACACUUGUACAAAAUCAAAUGAAAUUUAUGGCAUUUUUUGCAAGCCACUAAAACUGUGAAGAAACCACUGCAGUUUUAUCAGCACUGACAUAACACAGUCAGGCCUCUUUCACACAACCAUUUUUUCUUUUCAUUUUUCAUUUCUUCUUUUGCGUUCCGUUUACGGUCCAUAUACGGAAACCAUUCAUUUCAACGGUUCCGCAAAAAAAAAAAAA